UCCGUUGCUCAGCGGAAGCGUGGGUCUGAGGAGGACGGCUCAGAGGAGUCCGCUCGCCGCUGUGUGCAAAACCGGAAUCAUGUCGAGCUUGGCGGUGAGAGACCCGGCAAUGGAUCGAUCACUGCGUUCUGUGUUCGUGGGAAACAUUCCGUAUGAGGCAACGGAGGAGCAGUUAAAGGACAUUUUUUCGGAGGUUGGUUCUGUUGUCAGUUUCCGGCUAGUAUACGAUAGAGAGACGGGAAAACCCAAGGGUUAUGGCUUCUGCGAGUACCAGGACCAGGAGACCGCGCUUAGUGCCAUGCGUAACCUGAAUGGGCGGGAGUUCAGCGGCAGAGCGCUGCGGGUGGACAAUGCUGCCAGUGAAAAGAACAAGGAGGAGUUAAAGAGCCUAGGGCCUGCAGCGCCCAUCAUUGACUCACCCUAUGGGGACCCCAUCGAUCCGGAAGAUGCCCCAGAGUCAAUUACCAGAGCAGUCGCUAGUCUCCCUCCGGAGCAGAUGUUUGAGCUGAUGAAACAGAUGAAGCUCUGUGUUCAAAACAGUCACCAGGAAGCUCGAAACAUGUUACUUCAAAACCCUCAGCUGGCUUAUGCGCUGUUGCAGGCACAAGUAGUGAUGAGAAUUAUGGAUCCAGAGAUUGCUCUGAAAAUUCUGCAUCGCAAGAUACAUGUUACGCCACUGAUCCCAGGCAAAUCUCAGUCUGUCUCUGGCCCAGUUCCUGGCCCCGUCUCUGCCCCUGGCCCUGGCCCUGGCCCUGGCCCUGGGCUCUGCGCAGGACCUAAUGUUUUGCUGAACCAACAGAAUCCUUCAGCACCUCAGCCUCAGCAUUUGGCUAGAAGACCUGUGAAAGACAUUCCUCCACUGAUGCAGACCCCUAUCCAGGGUGGAAUUCCGGCCCCGGGGCCCAUACCAGCUGCCGUUCCUGGGCCUGGGCCUGGCUCCUUGACUCCUGGUGGAGCUAUGCAGCCCCAAGUUGGAAUGCCAGGUGUUGGUCCAGUGCCUUUAGAGCGGGGACAGUUGCAGAUGUCGGAUCCUAGAGCACCUAUGCCUCGUGGACCCAUGACUGCUGGUGGACUGCCUCCCCGAGGACUGUUAGGAGAUGCUCCAAAUGACCCACGUGGAGGGACUUUGCUUUCAGUCACUGGAGAAGUGGAGCCCAGAGGCUAUCUUGGGCCACCUCAUCAGGGUCCCCCCAUGCACCAUGCUCCUGGUCAUGACAGCCGUGGCCCUUCCUCACAUGAGAUGAGGGGAGGGCCAUUAGGCGAUCCCAGAAUGCUAAUUGGAGAGCCAAGAGGACCCAUGAUAGAUCAGAGGGGUCUACCUCUGGAUGGUAGAGGUGGUAGAGACUCUCGAGGAAUGGAGGCCAGAGCUAUGGAAACUGAGGUCUUAGAGACACGAGUGAUGGAAAGAAGAGGAAUGGAGACCUGUGCGAUGGAAACCAGAGGAAUGGAAGCAAGAGGCAUGGAUGGAAGAGGAAUGGAGAUACGAGGCCCUGGCCCCAGUUCAAGAGGCCCUAUGACCAGUGGAAUGCAGGGUCCUGGUCCUAUUAUGGGGGCAAGUGGUCCUCAGGGACCCAGGCAGGUCCCAAGCAUUUCAGGAGUGGGAAAUCCUGGAGCAGGCAUGCAGGGAGCGGGCAUGCAAGGAGCGGGCAUGCAAGGAGCGGGUAUGCAGGGAGCGGGCAUGCAAGGAGCAGGCAUGCAGGGAGCGGGCAUGCAAGGAGCAGGCAUGCAGGGAGCGGGCAUGCAAGGAGGAGGCAUGCAGGGAGCUGGCAUACAGGGAGCCGGCAUGCAGGGGGCUGGCAAGCAAGGUGGAGGCCAGUCUAGCAGUUUUAGUCCUGGGCAGAGCCAAGUAACUCCACAGGAUCAAGAAAAGGCAGCUUUGAUCAUGCAGGUUCUUCAACUGACUGCAGAUCAAAUUGCCAUGCUGCCUCCUGAGCAAAGGCAGAGUAUCCUGAUUUUAAAGGAACAAAUCCAGAAAUCUACUGGAGCUUCUUGAAAGGUUUUAGAAAUACUUGGCAGUAAUCUCAGAAAGUUUUCUGUAGCAUAGAGAAUGGGUGCAAAAAGCUGACCUCUGCACCCCCACAGUUUAAUGAUUGGGGUUUCCCUCCUGCCAAACCCCAAUCUCAUUUCUUGGCUUUUUUUGUUGUUUGCUUUGCUUUGCUUUUUACUGUUAAUUAGGGAGGGGGGAAAGGGGAAGGAGGAGUGGUUCUGUUCACUUUAAUUUACUGUAAAUACACGAAAAUAACUCUGAAAAUGAUUAUAUCAUACUAAGUAAGAUUACAAGGAAUAUGCAGCAAUAUUAAAGUGUCUGCCAUAUGUUAACUUCUUAAAAAAUAGUAAAACAAUGUAAAAUCUGCACAUAAAGACUAAAAGAUAACCUGUUAAAAAUGGUAAUGUACCAACAUAGUUUAAAAUUUUUGGUUGUAUAAGAAAAUAAAGAAGUUUACCUCCAAAAUAUAACAUAUUUUGGUAAGUCAUUUGAAAUACAGAAUCCUGUUUGGGGGCAGUAGAAUGUUGUACUAGGUUAAGCAUUGUUUCAGUGUUCUGAAAUUAUUUUGAAAUGUUACAGUUAACAGGAUAAAUCUACACUUAGGUAUUGGAAUUGUUUUUCUAAAGCUAUGCAUCUGGGUGUGAUGUUUCACUUAUCUUAUCCAUUGGAGGCCAGCAGUAUUCUGGCCCAAACUGAACAUGAUGGUUUUACUGGAACAGUUCUAGGAUUAACCAGGUUAUUUAAAUCUGCUCUGAUGAGACUCAGUAUCUCAUUCCAUACCUUCCUAUGUCUCAGUAGUCUGUAAAUUCUAAAUCUGAAUCUGAGUUAUUCUCUCAUAUCCUUCCCUAAAAUCGGUGUCUAGGACCCAGUAUAUCCGGAUGAAUUAUACACCACAUUGGGCUUUUCAUAAAAAGUAAAGGGCUUCAUGCAUAAAGCUCUGCUUGGUAACUAGCCUUCAUAUACAGAUGAUACCCAUUUGAUAAGUCAGAACCAGAAGUUAAAAAUCUUAGCCUCACCAACAUUUAACAUACCUUUAGUUUUCUUAUAUUAACAUCUAUUUGUCUAUUACCAUUUUAUCAGAAUAACUGAGGCCCAGGUAGGUAGGCACAUUCUUGUAGCCUAAAUUCUCUGCUCAGUUGGUGGUUAUUGCUUUUUAUUAAGUUUGUAAAGCUAUUUAGUUUUAGUAUACAUGCCACUGAGACAUAGUUAAAAAUCAGUGGGAAGGUCAGGCUUAGCACAUUUCCAUCAGAGCUACUACCUAAUUUAUUUGUAAGCCUUGAGGAUGUGGACAUAAGAAAAUGUGUAUCAUAGAGCACUACUUAACAAGCACAAACACCUGAAUAUCCAGGUGAUCUUACUCUGAAGAAAAAAAAACCCAAAUACCCUGUUACAGAGGGAAAAAUCUCAUUUAAUACAAGGAGAGAACUAAGACUUGGAAAUCGAUUUCCCUUUGCAUGGUUUUACAACUUAAAUGGGUAAUUUACAAAGUUUUCAUCCCUGAGCUGUUGUUUCCAGCUACCUGUUUUACUUCUGUAUUCAUUGUUCAUACUGUUAAUUUUCCCAUGUUUUCUAUAUGCUUCCCCUAGAUUAGAGGGGAUAACCUUUACUUGUAUGAUAGUUCUGGAUAAUACUCAUUCACAGAGUUUGUUUGAUUACUUCAAAAUUACAGUUGCUUUAUCCCAGAGCUUUCACUGAAGGACUCUAAACUGAAAACCAUUAAAUGUUAAGCUCUUUGUUGUAGUAAAAUCUCUGCAUUGUUUAAUGCAGACUUAAUAAAAAGAAUGCACAAUA